GAGGGGAAGGACAAGCACCGAGGAGGACGUCGCCCGCCCGCGCCGCCGCUGCCUCAUGCCGCGGCCCCGUCCUGCUGCCGGGGCUGAGCCGCGGCUGAGCCUCUGGCCGCUGCUGGGGCUGCUGCUGCUGCUGCCGCCGGACGCAGGUGACUGCCAGCUGCACACACCUUGUGGAAUCCAGAAGUGCACCACUGAUUUUGUGUCCUUCACUUCCCAUCUAAACGCAGCUCUUGAGGACUUUGAUCUGGAGUUCUGCAAGGCCCUGCGUGCAUACUCUGCGUGCACCUAUCGCAAUUCCAAAGUAUGCCGUGGAAACCUGGUCUACCAUUCUGCAGUGCUUGGGAUCGGCGACCUCAUGGCCCAGAGGAACUGUACCAAAGAUGGACCAACGUCCUCCACCAACCCUGAAGUGACCCAUGAUCCUUGCAAUUACAGUGGCCACACAGAAGCCAGAGAACAUCAGGGAGGGGAGAAGACUCCUGCUCCUACUUAUCUAUUUUGUGGCUUGUUUGGUGAUCCUCAUCUCAGGACAUUUAAGGAUCACUUCCAGACAUGCAAAGUGGAAGGUGCUUGGCCCCUCAUAGACAAUAACUACUUGUCAGUGCAAGUGACCAACGUGCCUGUGGUCCAGGGAUCCAGCGCUACUGCUACAAAUAAGAUAACUAUUAUCUUUAAAUCAUACCAAGACUGUACAGAACAGAAAGUGUAUCAAGCAGUGACUGAUGACUUGCCUGCAGCUUUUGUGGAUGGUACGACAAGUGGAGGUGACGGGAACACCAGGAGCUUGCACAUCGUGGAGAAGGUCAGCGGGAAGUACAUCGAGAUGCACGCCCGGCACAUCGGAACCACAGUGUACGUGCGGCAGCUCGGGCACUACCUGACCCUGGCCAUCCAAAUGCCUCAGGAGCUGGUCAUGGCCUACGAGGAGAGCCAGGACCUGCAGCUCUGUGUCAACGGCUGCCCCUCCAGCGAACGCAUCGAUGACAGCGGUCACUUGCCGUUGCCUGUGAUAAGCAAAUUGCUUCCUCGGGGCAGCACUGCCCAUCCCCGAUCGGUGUACACGCUGGAAACCGCCACCACCAAAUGCCAUGAGAAGAUGCUGGUGAAGGACAUCUACUUUUACUCAUGUGUAUUUGACCUGCUCACCACAGGUGAUGCCAACUUCACGGCUGCUGCUCACAGUGCCUUGCAGGAUGUGGAGGCACUACACCCCAAAAAAGAGCACUGGCAUAUCUUUCCCAGGAGCAGAGGUGGUGCUGUGGGCAGGGAUAGCAAAUUCUUUGUCUGUCUUGGACUUGUGUGCUUGAUCCUUGUUGUGUUUUUGUAGGUUGUUUUUUUUUUUGGUCUGUAAACAAAGCUUUGAAAUAUAUAUUGUCAUAAUAUAUUGAGUAAAGAGGAGUAUAUAUGUAUAUACCAUGUAUAUGAAGGGAUGUUUUGUCUUGGGACAUCCACCAGAUUGUACAUAUUGUGUUAACUGUUUUCAUGUAUGUUUGAUGCAGUGUUCUUUGUAUCUAUUUGUUUUACAGUUGUUGAAAUGUUUUAUAAUGUCCCUGCACUGGGACAUGAUAGAGAGCACUUUAUUUUUUACAUAUUAAAUAUUUAAGUGUGUAUCUGAGUAACUGUGUAUUACACAUAAAAUACUCAGUGCUCCCUCUAAGUACUGCUUGGUUUAACACAUUUUUUUAAAUUGAAUUAACUUGUGGGUUUUUCCAAGAGAGCUUUACUUAAUGCCAAACAUGUGGGAUAUUUUGAAGCUAGUGAAUGGUCUUUGGAGAGAGCUUAAACUUAAAGGGAACACGUGUUUUUUCACAGGCCCUCCAAUUGUCUGUCUUUUAGAAGUCUACAGAUUUAUAUUUUUUUUUCAUGCUAGGAAACCCCACAAUGUGUCCGUCUUUGCAAAAUGUUUUAGAUGUGGUUCAUCAGUAUACCAGUAAGUAUAUGUGUGCACGUGAAAGAGUGGCUGUGCAGUGUAUAAAUAUUUUGAAUUAUUAUAGUAGACAAACAGUUGCCUGCCCUGCUGAGGAACGUCAGUAAUGUGGUGUAAGUGACCCCUGGUGGGGUGCAGAGAAAUUGGGGAUGUAGGCCACAUACUGGGCAGGCAAUUUAUAAUGAAAGGCUCAGUUUGUCUCUUAGCCAAAUAGGAUGGAUAGGAUAUUGGAUAGGAAUGUGCUGAAUACAGUUCUUAUACUUCUUUCAGAUGGUUGUUUUCCCUCUACUAAACAAGAGGUGUAGUUAAAUUUAUGACCAGCAGCUGUAAAUCUGGCCAGUUUGUUAAAGAGACAGUGUGUGAGGAACCAAGAGCAGGAACCAUCCCCUCAGGGUCCCAGUUGUACAGUUCCUUUGCAGUGUUUGUGGAGAUACUUAGAAGAGCUUUAACAGUUAUCUCUGUUAUUGGUGCAUUCCUCCUGAGAGGUGUUAUAAAAAUCCUCUUUUUAAGUUGCUGUAGAACUCUCAGACCAGAAGAACCCUGGAAUAGAAAUUAUUUACUUUAAAACUAAAUAAGAGAUGGUGAAAUGGGAAGAAAAAAUUAUAUAGAAGAGUCCAUAAGAUUACAGAACUUUUUGAUCAGGAUGAUCUGCUGAGUAUGUAUGGAAGCUGUAAUACUUCAUCUGCAGGGCUAAUCACACGGUGUGAAGGUAAAUUCAAAGUGCCAAAAGUUAAAGAUCCAUAAAAACCAGAGCUUUGCAUGUUGUUUUGCUAAUAAGCUCGUGUUACAGCUAGGAUUUGAGCUGUGUGAGGAACAAUCUUAUGUGGUAAAUAUGUGAGCAAAAUGAUCUAUGGAAGUUGCUGUGGAAAGCAAAGGGAGCUUUAAAUAUGUAUAUGUUUACUGUACACAGAAGGCAGCUGUCAUACCUGCAAGAAUUCACUCUCCCAGGUGUUGAUCUAUCACCAUAAACUCUGCAGAAGGCAGUGUAACAUGAUUAUCAGUAUUUUUAUUGCCACAGCCUGUCAGCUGUUACUGACACUGCCUGUUGUGGGCCUUUGUCUUAAACAAGCUAGGUGAUGCCUUGGAUAUUGGUGGCUUAUCCAAAACAGUUUUUUAAGUAUCUUCUUAACCAGAGUGUUUCCUAACCAUAUGCUAACAAUGGUUGAUGAUGGUUCUCUAGUUGCCUGACAACUUCUAUAGGAAGCAUGUUGCAGGACUGAGCAGAGACUGUGUGCUUAAUCCUUCAUUUUGUGUGUACAGAAGGCUCCUAAACAAGGGUGUUAUGAAAGGAAAUAAUAGGCUUACCUGCCUGUCAAACAAAAAAUACUUUUUUAUUUCCUGACUGGAAGAAAAAUCUGCAUAGAGCGCUUGUUAAGUGGAACACAACCUGAGAGAACAACCUGGCUUUUGUUCUUAUGGCCAAGUUACGGCCCUUCAGUAUUGCAUUUCUUUUCAGACUGCUGCUGUACUGCCAGAAAAUAGAUCACCAACUAUUUAUGUUUUCUUACCUUAGCAUUAUGGCUACCAUGCAUUUGUUUUAUGAGUUUUGAGGCUGUGCAAGUGCCUAUUUACUUACGUACACUGCAAAGGGAAGCAAGCAAUGUUGCAAGCUUUGUACUGCCUAAUGAGAGUUUCGUUAGUGGACAUGUUUUGGAAAAAAGCCCAAGAGUCUUGUGGCUUUCUUCUGUUUUGACAGACACACAGAACAGUUUAUAAUCUUGCAUUUGUUUUCUUCAUGUAAGUACAGCUGUGGUGUUUUACUGAAAUUUUCGUGCUUAGGUUAUUUAAUUCCCAUCUAUAUCUUGACUGGUACAAAUUUUUUUCUGUCUUUUCCAGUUAUUACAGACUGCUAUCUACACAAUGUCCAAACAGGACUAGUAAUGAUUCAGGUUUUUUUAAAAGGUACUCUGUGUUUUUUACAAGAUAAAUGUUCUCUGUGUUGUGCUGCUACUUCUCUCCAGAUGUAUUCAAAACAAACAAGAAUUGUGGGGAUCAGUGUUGUUCAUGAGUUUGUGGAGAGCAACAUAGCCACGGAUCAAGUACAAGUAUGCAGGUAAAUUUGUGAUGCUGAUGUAGAACAGUUGCAUCUGAUCUGAUUCUGAAUUCUUUAUGUUUGUAAACUAAAGUUCAUUGAAAUUAAAAGCUGCUGAUAGUAAAGACCUGUGAACAGUAAGAUUGAUUACAGUCUUUGUGCUGGACUGUGUAUCAGAACUCAUAACUAGAUAUAAAAAGGACAUUGUGUCAUACGUGGAGUGCCAAUAACAUUUAUAGGGAUUAUUUUCAUGAUUACAGUGGUUUUAAAGCUUAAUUUCCUCUUUUAUGUACAUCCCAACAGUAGACAAAUACUCCAUUAAAUACACAAAAUAUGCACAUGUCAUUGAUUCUAGGAUGUGCUGAGGGCUGGGUCUGCGGAAGAUCUUAUAUGUGUGGUUGGUGUGUGAAGCAUUUAAAUCUGAAACUGAGACAGUUUCAGCUUGAACCCAGAUGUUUCUUUGGGAUCUCUACUUUCCUUCUUAGUCCAGUAAAGCCCCUCAAGGAAUUUGGAUUAAAGCCUCUCAGUAUUUUGUUGCUGAGCCGAGAAAACAAAUGUGGUCUUGAGUUUGUGCCUGCACCCUAGUCAGAUUUACAUGUUGUUCAUCUGCCUGGUUUACUUGCAGGACUUUCUUGGCAGGUACCUGACCAGCUCACUCAUGUUUGGCAGAUAAUAGUAGGAGUUAUUUAGACUGUAGUGGUGUUAAGCACUCUGCUGGAGUUUUGGAGAGGCAACUUGAAAUUCUUCUUCUGUCUUGGUCUUUCACAUCUGGCGAGAAUAACAGCUGGGAGCUGUUAUGAAAUAAAUGCCAUUCUGUGGUGUUACUAAACAUGUAAGCCCUCUCUGUAUUCAGUGAAGUAAAUUGCAGUAUUGUAGGUUGGGUUGAAUUGCCUUUUGGAGAUGCCUACUGCUGUUGUUCAGUAGAGUGGGAAGCCCAGACAGCUGUUUUAAAAUGAAGUCAGGUGAAAUUAGUCCAGCCCUGAUGGGAACAUUUUAAAUUCCAGCCUAGGUUUGUAUCCAGCGACAACCUAUGCUUGGUAGAGACAAGCCAGCUGCUCCGACACUUGCUGCACAGCACCCCAUCUGUCUCCCAGGCCUGUCUGAUGGAUACAUCGUGGCCUCUGAAAGCCUCACAGCAGACCUGGGCCUGGCCUGUACUCUGAUUCUCUUGAAAGCAGAUGGCAACAAAGCCGCCCUUUCCUUGCUGUACUGGCCCCUUCUCCCUUCCCAAGGCAGUUUUGUGUGAGGCACGGGAAGGCCAGAAAAGAAAAAAAAAAAGCUGGAGUUGGGAGAAAGGAGGGAAACUGAGGGGGUAAGGUCUUAGUGGUAAGGCUUCUUACCUUAAUUUUGGCCUCUAAAUCCCAGACUGUUUACUUUUUCCAAUGGAUGAUGCAAAGUACAUAACAAGUCUGCAUAGGAACAAGGGUUGUAUUUUCUAAUUAGAGUGAUUUAUCUUUUAGUCUGUUCUUUUGUGUCCUGUGCUGCCAUUACCAUGCAAGUGUUUUACAGAAAGCAAAAAUUUCAACAGCUGAGGUUGCCAAAACCUGCAGUCAAAUUAUUAAUGUUUUAUUAGAAAGUAAGAGAUUGUGUGUGUUUGAAUCCCCACUCCGAUUGUUUAAAGGAAAUGUGUAAACAAAGGUUUCUUGCUUUCUGAGGUGGCUGGAAUAAUCUUUAUCCUGCUGGGUUUACCAGCUUAUAUCUGGCCAGAUCCAGCUGCUAUCCUUUCUCAGGAAGAAUGCUCAGCUUUUUCAUACCGAUCUACUUGGAAGUGUAUGAGACCUGCCUUCAAAGGGUGUGUUAAGUUUGAAACACACCCUCCCACUUUCUGUAGGUGUUACAUGUCAGAGGAAUAACUCUAACCCUGUCUCUCUGUAGAGGGAGCUGAAUGGUGGCUACCCUUGUGGUGGGUAGGGCAAGUUAAAAAAAGUCAUGUACAUCACUGUCUGUGAUCACAAGUCUCACCUCUUCUUGCAAAUGAGGUGGCACUUAUGUAUGGUAAAGGGGUCAAUAAUUAGUCCCAUUGGGACAUCAGAUAUAGAUACUCCUCUAUAAUAAGCAUAAUUGCUGAAAAAUCAGAUGUGCCUGUGUCUGUGCAAUCACAGUCUUCUGCUCUAUUUCCACAGCUGGUCAAGGCUCCUGAGUCAAAAAAUACCAAGUCCUUCAGGGACUACCCUCUGUGUGUGAGUCCUUGAAAGUUUUCCACAUGCAUGUUCAUUGACAGAGGUGCUACGAGUUUCUUCUUUGACAGCAGGUCUUCUUUACAGACUACGGAUUACUUUUUGACUUUCGUUGGGUGCACAGUUUUGUAUUAUUGGCAGUCCUGAUGUGGCUGAUUCAGUGACAGAAACAGAGGGCCUGUACAAGUGGAAACGCUUUCUACUUUAGGGUUUAGACUCUGGUAAAAAUCAGAAAAACAAGACAAAACUUUUUUCAGAAAAGUGUUAGGAUAUUGCUUCUUCAUUGUCUGAUGGGUGCAGAAGUGUAGUGAGAAAUCUCUACUUCCGUUUCUUUGAGUUAUUUCUACACUAGCUCAACCAGAGCAAACCGCUGUCAGCAGCUGGAGUGUGUUACAUGAUCUUCUGAAACAUUUUUUCCCAUUUAGUUCCACCAGGAAAGAUCCAUUUCAUCCAGUCUGAGAUGUGAACCAAAAGCAAAGUGAGAGGGAGAGUGAAAUAAGGAGGUUGACUUCAAAGUGAAAACAUUACCAGCUCUUUCAAUCUUAAGAGAAAGUCACUUCUCUGGUGGCGCUAACAAUUGUAAUGCAAAUACUUACAAUCAAUAUUGUAUGUAAUACCUCUCUGGGUAAAAAAACAAUCAAACUCCACAGCUCUGCAAUCUAAAACCAGGUCCUUUAUAAGUGAAGGAGUUAAUCUAAUGACAAGAAGUAAAAGCCCUCCCAGUUUCAGCUUUUCUCAGAAGAUAUUUUUACUGGCUAUUUAAAAUGCCAGUUAAAUGGCAAUGUAUUGGCCUCUGGUGGAGUACUUGCCUUAAACCAAGAGCUGUUUAAUGCAGGCUAAUUGUAGACAAUAAGGGUUAUCUGAACAGUCAGUAAUGAAACGUCCCCACGUAACAAUGUAAGUAUUUGUGGGUUUUUGUGUGUGUGUGUGUUUUGGUGGUGUUUCGGUUUUGGUGGUUUUUUUUGUUGUUGUUUUUUUUUUUUUUUUUUUUGUUUUGUUUUGUUUUUUUGUUGUUGUUUUUGUUGUUGUUGUUGUUGUUGUUUUGUUUGUUUUUUUUUUUUUGUUUUGGGUUUUUUAAGCUAAUUUCCCCUCAGUGGGAGUUCUUUAUUAAAUGUGCAUAUGGGUCACUAUGUACAUAGAGAGUCUCCUUUAUUUUUAAUCUCUGGACAUAAUUUUCUAAUAUGCAAGAGUAACUAUUUGGUGAUUUAGACACUAAGACAAUUAGGAAUUUCUCCAUCUUUUGUUUUCAUCUUUUCUUUACCCAUAGGGCCAGCAUUCAGUCUACCCCCUCACGAAGGACGAAUACAAUUCUUCCAUUCUUCAUUUAUUUCACCCUUACACAUAGCUUUGAAUACAGGGAUUAGAGUAUUGUGUAUCAGCUUUGGCUGAAUCUCUGAAUCUUGAGGAAGCUCUUUCCCCGGCCUGUGACCUGCAGAGUUUUGUUUCAAGCUCGUAGCACUUACCAUUAGCUGCAUUUUUCUGUAGAGGGACAAAACACUUCUCAUAACUUCCUUACACUGAGGAGGCAGCAGAGCUGAAGAACAUUUCAUCCGUAGCUAUUCAGCAAUGCCUUCCCACUCUGCCACCCACAAAAUAUAAUUCAAGCAAGCAAAUAUGCAGCCAAAAGAAGAAAUUCACAUUUCAUUUUGAAGUUGACAGAGCUUUGCGUUCUCACUUUCCUACUCCUACAGAUUUUCUACCUAGAGAGAAAAAAAUCCACAACAUAACCUACACGUGGAUAAUUCCUAAUCUGUUUCUGGGGUUAUAUCAAGAAAACCCUUGCCAAAGUCUGUAACUCCUGCAAAUUAACAAACCCCAUUUUUUUUCAGUUGACCUUUGAUUUUGAACAUCCACAAAUCUAUGCAUCCCAAGAUCCUGAAGGAUCUGGCAGAUGUUGCUAAGCUGUUGAAAGCCAUGGCACUGAGAUGAAGUCUGUAGUGACUACAUGCACUGUGUAUGUAGAGAGGUGCCCAGUCGUCGUGAUUUUCUGGAAAGGGUGUGAGAACUUUCACCAUAAUGCAGUCCUCUUUGCACAUCCUUAUUUGUGUGGGACCAGCCUCCUUCUGCCCUAUUUUGCUGGCUGCAAGGUCUCUCUUGUCCACAUCACCUUCAGCCCUUUGCUUGUCAAUCCAGGUUGCAACUUCUCUUGAUGGUGGAUCAUCAUCUUCCUAGUUCAAAGCUCUUCUCACCAGGCCUGACAGACGUGAGAAGCUGUUCUGCCACACUCAGUCACAUGGGACCAAUUAUCCAUCCUUAUCUUCAAAAUGGCCUGGUGGUCAUAAAAGCUGAAGCCUCUAAUUGAGACCAGCUGCAAAAGUGGUUGUUGAUCCACAGGAUCUGUCCACUCCUCAGACUCCUUCUUUUCCUGGCAAAUGGCACCACAGGACCCUGUUUCCCUUGAUCCUCAACUCCAGAGCAACACAGUCAUUCUUGUUCUGCUCUGGGUCUCCCAUGGCCACAUGGCUGGUGCUUGAAUUGGCCAAGAACCAGAGGAGCGUUGGCAGCUUCCCCGCAGAACCCAUGUGAAGCAGCAAACCUCCUUAGACCAUGGCCUGGGUCAGUCUGGUCACCAGGACCUCUGCCCACCACAGGCAGUUCCACUCUGCUGUCAGUUCCCACCUCCUCCAGUUGCUGCUGCCAGAGGCUCAGAGGCUGCCAGAUGUGGGGGUGUCGCCAGCCCCUAUCUGCCACCAGGGCUCUGAAUCUCUUCUGUAGGCACAGAUCUGCAGGUGGAGCAGGAUACCCUGCAGUCUUUACCCCUGUGAGUCUGCAUUUCCCACACCUGGAUGCAUGCAUGGACUCUGCCUCCACCCUCCAGUGCAGCAGUUCAGGCUUCUGAGACAAGCUGACGUAUCCCUUACAGCUGCAGUCAGGAGACAUGAUUGCACAAGGUCAGGCACAGGUUAACAGGACUCAGAAGCACUGCCCUGGACUGUAAUUAAGAUCAGUGGAUUGCUGGAAAUACUCUCCUUUGCUCUCUGUCUGCUUUCCUCUUUUUAAUACACCCUAAGGGUUCUGUAAUUCUAUUACAGUAUUAACCAAACACAUGAUGCAAGUUUCACUUUCUUUAUCCACCAGCUGCAACAUUCAUUUUAAAGGUCUUCUCUUAGAUUAUGUGAUCCUUUGCUCUUCUGUUCUUGUCCCUCUUUCUGAUGUUGUAAACUACCUCAAAUAUUAAUCAGUAAAGUAUAUAAGAAAUAGCCAUUAUUAUCUCCUUGUAUUUGUGCUAUAGUGGUCAUUUUAGAUGUUCUCUCAGUGGCACUCACUUCACAGUCUAGAAAGAUCUGAAAUUAGCAACCACCUAGUUCUCAAAUUUUUAGUUUUUGGAUUCAUUGCAAGAAUGUUGCUCUGAUCUGGAGCUCAAGAUACAGUUGACAUACAUCUGAAUUAGGUUUGAGAGAAAUACAUAGACCACAGGAAACCCAAACAUUUGAUGCGUCAAAUUUUACUAUUCACAAAGCUGAAAAUUAAUACAAAUAAUCUCAUGGUUAAUCAUUACAUAUUUAACGUUAAUAAACAGUUGAAUAUUAACAAUGCUUUGGGGAAAAAAAUAUCCAUAUGAAAAGCUUUCAGGGUACUGUAUUCUUUGAACAUACCAUAAGUUUAGAGAAAUCAGUAUUUAUUUUUUUACAUAUGACAGCCCAUGCAAACAUUUGCAAGUAGAUUUCUUUUAACCAUUUAGGCAUUAAGCUUUCACAGUCACAGUCUCAAAGAAGAAACCAUGCUCUGAAUUGUCCAAGGGAAGCAUUUCAGCAGCUCACUUGCUGUUCAGCACAGUUUGGAAGUGCAGCUCCUUCCAGUGACUCAAAUUGCUCCUCUGAAUAUCUGACAAGAGAGGUAACAUUCCUCCUUUCCCCACCCCCAUCUUCUACUCAAGAUGGAAAAUCAUAUGAGAAGGUUUAAUAGCAAAGGAAAGCAGAAAGUAAAUCAAACAAAGAGAAAAGAAAUUUAAAGUGAAUUUACAAAACAAAAUGAAUCUGAGCUUUGUAAAUAAACGUCUUGCACUUCAAGAAGUACUUUCUGAUUGGUAAACAAUGUAAUACUUGCUGCUCACUCCUAAAAACCACUUCAAUUUUAGCUUUCUAAGAUCACAUUAAAAGGCAAAACCAAGAGCAAUUGGUAUCUAAAAAGUGGCCAUAGAAAUAGUAAAGUGUUUAAGAGAUUGAAACUUACAAGAAUAUAUAGUAACUGCUACAGGGCUGUUUCUUGGUGACACAUAUGCAGGAAAGAAAUAAUAAUGAAAAAGAAAUUAGGAUAAUCCAUCAGAACCUUUCUUUUCAGUCACAUUCCACUUCAUUCAGUAAGUACAGUAAUUUGUUCUGUCUGUUGAGUUUUACUGGAGAGAGAGCAAUUAUUUUUUGUGUAAUACAGAAUAUUUGGUGCAAACAGACAGUGCCUCACCAUCUCGUUAAAAUUCUUAAUUGACAAGCAAAAAGCGAACAACACCUGAAACCAGCUGGUACUGUGGCAUAUUUGCACCCCUGGAUGGAAGACCUGGAGUAACCACGAAAGCACUGGGGUUGGCACAAAAAUGGAGAUGUGACAUCCCUGAAUUGGCUGGAAAGCACCAACUGAGUGAGACCUACCCAUGAUCAUACACUGAGUAAUGAUAAAAUAGAUACUGAAUUUAUUUCAUGCACUCUGUGUACUGUACUCUUAUGAUGUACUCAGUCCAGCAGAUGAAGUGGGCUUCCAUAGAAAAAGAUAAUUUGGGGCACUGUCAUUAAACUUGCAUUGUAAAAAUUGCAGAGAGGGGUUUAAAUUAAGAUUCUGAAAACAAACUUAAUGCUAUAAUCUCCUAACUUUUAAGUUGUUUUGCAAUUAUGCCAAUGUCAAGUCACCCUUAAAUUUUAGGGGGGGGAGGGGAAGUGAAGAUACUGUAAUCCAAAAAUAUUCUUACCUUGGUUUUGAAUUUUAUAGUGUAUUUAUUGAAAACAUUGAUUUUUUUAAAGAAAUGGUACACUGUCAGUCCAUCUAUUUAUUCAGUAUGUAAUUACUACAAACCCAUAUUUUAAGCCUUUAGGUUAUGAAUGGAAAACUAACGUGACUCACAGUAAAGGCAGGCAAAUUUCAAAUUAAGGACAAUGUCUUUUUUGUAAUUAUGAAAAUAUAGGUUGUGGUUCUAAUAAUAAGGUCUGGUUUGGGUCUUAUACUUAAAUAAUAUUGUGUUGUCCUUAUCAAUAUUUUUUCCACCGCAGUAUGAGUGAUCCUUACAAGUACAGAUAACAUAUUCAAAAAUUUUAAAGCAAACUGGGUAGUUUACAAGUAAAUCGAUGCUUUAAGAGACAUCACACUUUCUCGUUUUCAGUAGUGGCACUUGAAAUAAUAAAAACUCUUUCAACUUCACACUUUC